UACAAAGUGUCCUUACGGCUUUUAGUUUAUUCAUAGAGAACCCCUAACUAAUGACUUUUCCGUCUUUGCCUGCCGUGUUUCUUCCGAAUCCUCGGCUGUUUCACGCAUGUUCCUUUUUAUCCCUGACUGGCGAUGUUCCACACAGUGUCUUCCUAAUGAUUUCAGUCCUUAUUUAUAUGGGCUCUUCACCCUUUAUUUGGAAACGGGAGUUUCAGCUUUUUGUUCUCUGCUCCUUUCUUCAGUUCUUUCUUUGGAUUAGUCAUUUUUGUCAGGUUAUUUCUUAUGGGUAUAUCUAAGUGUUUUAAAUGCAACACAAGUCCCUUUUUCAAUGUUCUGUUAAUCAACUGUACUGUACCUUACUGUAGUCCAGGUAUUUUACCAGUAAGCGAGAUGUUCAAAACCACAACUAUGACCCAAUAUUUAAAUACUUUUGACUGACUGGAUGACUCAACAUCAUAUUUGUACCGGCAACCAUAUAAAAAAACUGUUGCUAUUCACAGUAAGGAGACAGUGAUACUCUGGCAUCCUGUGCAGUGCAGUGUUUUAGCAUUGAUGUAUGUUUACCACUUUAAAAGAUCAUCUAGUUUAUGGUGCAAGGUAGGUCCUCCUCAACCAUGCAUUCCUAGUGGUUUUGUAUUUCACACCAAAAGACAUCUUGAAAGUCAGAAGUGUACAUCGCCACAUAGUCAAAUAUUUAAUUUGCAAUCAGAUUUUACAGGUGGUGUAAUGGUUAAUGCACUUCCAGGAUUUGGGGUUUCAAUCCCAAAUUUUGUAUUUUCUGGAGAUUGUAUGAAAUUAUAUACCUUUAAAACGCUAUUUUCGUUUGUUAUUUUGAUUCCCCUUUUACACUUUUUAAAGGGUGCCAAAUAUUCUAUCAGCCAACAAAAGGCUUGAGAAAAAAAAUCUUUUUUCUUUUUUACUAAGAUGUGGUUCUUCACCAGAUAUCCCAUAAAUCGCGCUUAUAUCGCGAGAGUGAAAUGCUUCCGCCAAGCUUAUAUCGAACUAUCCCAGAAGUUUAACGCUUUAAGCGACAUUAAAUUUAAUACUCUAUCCAUUUAGUCUACACACAGACGUGCCAUAUGAAAAUAAUCAUAAUCAUAUUAUUUAGCCUUAUUUUCAUCCAGCAAUAAAGCAGGAACAAUACUUUCAAGUUGCUGUGCUUAAAAAAGCCGCGACGUGGGGGGAUGGAUGCAUGUUUUUCUGCUGGUUUUUAAUUGUAUUUAUCUAGCUCUAAAAUAGGAUUAAAUGUCAACUGUUGUCUCCCCGAUUAAAAUGACUCUUAAAUUUGCAAAUUACUCUUAAACUAAGAUCACGUUGAUUUAGGAAGUUAAAACAGGCAACUAUUUCUCUAAUUUACACAUAACUCAAACAUUUAACUUUCUCUGUAAAAUGAAGGAUAUGGUAUAUAAAAACGCAGACGAGUCUUGCCACGGACACUUUGUCCAUGUACGGACCAGGUGACGAUCCCUUUUUGUGACGAGCACAUAAUCUAUACUCCUUUUCCGGCUGGUCCUCCAAAGCAGGCGGAAGACGGCAGUGAAUAACCUCAGUGUGGAAAUUCACCUGGAGCGUCUUUUUAAAAAAUAACCAACAAAUUUGGUAAUUACGUGCUUUAAUACCCACAUAUUUUGGGGACGGAUAACGAGGACUGGAAGCAGGAGAUUGAGAUGCCUCUUUUCAGAAGAUCUGAGGAUUCCUUUGUUAAAAAGGGGACAAAGAAGAAGAGGAAAAGUCGACAAGGCGAUAGAGAAAAUGAAGGAGACUGCAGCUCUCUCAUUCGAUUGUGUCUUUGGAGUCUGGUUGAAAACAUGAAAGAUGUCUGGACCAAAGACUAUACCGAGAAGUACAUGGACCAGUACUCCUUCCGUUACAUCAUAGGUCCAUUCGACAUGCUGCCAAGGCACCUUGUAGAGGAGCUACUCUUUCUACUUUCUUCCCAUCGUUUGAUGACACGUCCUGCCCUGCACCUCCUACUACUGCCACAAGUGAACUCGCUCUCACUGUCUGCCUGUUCUAGCCUGGUUACCCCAAACAUCUGCCAGCUAAUUGGAAUUCGCUGUCAGGCUUUACUCUCACUGGAUCUGUCAGGUACUCGACAUCUCCCUGCCCUGGUCCUGAGUGAGCUGCUGGGGCAUCUAACCAGGCUUCAUUCUCUCUGCCUGGCAGGAACUCAGUGUGACGGUUCUGUGUUGCAGAGUGUGGGUACCGGCUGCAGAGAACUGCGGCACCUGGAUGUAUCGGGCUGCUGCCAGCUCACCCCCAUCAGCUUGUUGUCUUUGGUGCACCCACAUGCUCCUCACACUCGCUUGCCCCUACGGAGCCUUGUGGCUUCAGACAUAGGCUUUGCAAAGGGGGGUGAUGAACGAGUGGCUGUGGCAGUGUUUCUCCUGCUUGCAUUGCCCUGCUUGCUAAAAACUGCUCUAGAUGGCCUGGGCGAUGCCUUAGAUGUAAUAGAAAGCCAGGAUUUUGCGGAUUUGGAAGCUUUCUGUUCCCAUAAUGGAAUGCCUAGCCUUAAAGAAUUAUGGGAUGGACGAAUACAAACACAAGGAAAGUUAACGGAAGAGAAAGAAAAAAAAAUUGAAGGAUUGUUAGACGAUCAAGGAAUGGAAAGAUGGCUGUCCGAAAGUGAGGAUCCUGAUGGUGGUGAUGAGAGUGAAAAUGGAUCAGAGCACAAAGAGGCUGACGGUGCAAAGGUGAAGGUACAAGAGAAGAUUUCGCUUCACUGUGAGCAUAAGCAAGUAGAAGUGAAGGACAUAGGCAGGACUGAAGGACAAACCAGGUAUGCAAAGAGUGUCUUACAAGACCACUUGACCCUUCCUUUGAGGGAAGCUCACGGAAUAUCCUGCAGGAAUAUGAGGGCAUUGAGGAAACUUUGUCCAGAUUUGUGUGCUCUCUCCCUGGACUGUGACGAUAGUGAACUCGGACAUUUACUAGUUGCAUUGGAACGAUGGACACAUGAGUUGCUCAGCCUUAGUCUGCAUUUUGCAGGGAUUUUGACUGAAAUUCUACCUGCCGUACAAACUGUGGGUGCCACAUUACACCAUCUGCAUUUAGAAGGUGUCAAAAUCAGUGAUGAUGCUUCUUUCCUACAACUACUCUGCUUGUGCACCAAGCUGAAGACACUGGCAAUACAAACAGAGUCUCCCAUUCUAAAUGAGGAGGAAGAAGAGGAAGAAGAUGAAGAGCAAGGUAUUCAGGGACUUCCCUGCCUGUCCCAACUCCGUUUUCUGUCAGUCAAGUUCUUCAUUGAUCAUAGUAAAAAGAAGCCUUUGAUGUGUUGGAGGUCCCUGAAAUGGCUACUGCUGGGCCUGCUAAGAGGAUCUCCUCUUCUUGAAAAAGUGACGCUGGUUGCCAUUCCAUGCUCUAUAAAUUCUGUUUUCCAAAUGCUUCUGGAAACUCAUCAUUUACCUCCAGCGGCUGACAGAGUCCCACCACUGUGUCAGUUGCGAUAUUUGAGUCUGGCUUAUUGUGAUGUUUCCAUGGAAACCGUAACCCGACUAGUGACCUUGGACGGCUGCUUGUCCACACUCGAUCUAAGUGGUUGCUGGACUGUGAGUGCUGACAAUAUUGAGCAGUUACAGGGGAAUACCAGCAGGAGGAAACAUUCACUCAAAAUUGUCUGGACUUAGACUAUUUCAUAUUGUAUCGGUUGUACUGACACAUUUAAAUAAAUAAUAAUUAGUCCGUAAUUUUUUUUUUUUUAAAAAAAAAAAGAGAAAUCACAUUGUUAUUGAUUAAUCCUUAAUUUUUCUCCUUGCACUUAUUAUUAUAAGCACUGACGUAUUUGCACCAUUACUGAUACUUUGCAUAGAAAAGGUCAUCAUUGUUGCUACUAGUAAUCAGGUAAAUUUUGAGGCUUGUGUACUUCAUGCACAGCCCAGGCUCAGUGUCUAUGACGUUUACGUGCUCUGUCUGUAUUUGUGGGUGUUUUUGAUUUGUAAUUUUUAUGACCACCACCUUGUAACGAUGUCUUAACUAGGAAAAAACAAUCACUUAAGUUAAUCUUAUAGAACGUCUUUCCCAAUAUAGCUUCUCCAGACUAUCUGCAUAUACAUGUAUGCUACAGAAUCAUCUGUGAAUGCAGACAGAGGACAACAGAGGAGGAAGAAGAAAAAACCUUUGGGAUAGCAUGGGAUACUGUCAGUGCACCCGUCCAGGGCAUGUCACCCAUACAUGUAAUACAUGUUCCCUAUAGUGGAAGCACAUGCAAAGGGAGUCUUUAUACUAAGUCCCGUAGAACUCAAAAUUUAACUAUUGAUGUGAAUGAGUCACAGUUGUCAGAAUUUUGGACAUACUGCACAUAGUUUUUAGAUAAGAGAUAAACAAUUGUAUUAUUAUCAUUGUGUUUUUCCUUUGGGAUUAAUAAAGUAUCUAUCUCUCUAUC